UCUCUCCCUCUCUCUCUCUCUUACUACAUAUUUUUCCCAAAUCAAUGUGAUCAUACGUUCUACAUUUCAUCAUAUAAAAAUCAUGUCCGGCUCCCGUAAGCCGGGCCCAUCCUUUCUCCCCGAACGAGAAAGCAAGGGCUCCCGCGCAUGCCUGACUGCGUUCCAGAAUCCCAAACGAAACGGCAAGCCCUUUCCCGCCAUACAAACAAACACAGUCUCUCACCACUCCUCUGCCUUCCUUAUCUUUUUCUAAAAUAACUAAAAGAAACGAAGACAGAGCAUAACAAUGGCAAAGCCAACGAUAGCCAUCGGUGUACUGACCGUCACACUCGCCCUCUCCCUCCUCUUCCUCCUCCUCCUCCUCCACCUCUCCUUCUCUCUCCUUCGCCGCCGCACUCACCCACCAUGCCCACUUGAAACACCUUCCCUGUCUCCGGCAAAAUUUUCGCCCGCCAUGCUCUCCCCUUUCUAUGCUCAUGGAGUCCUCCGCGCACCAAAAAGAUUCCUCCUUUCUUCCCCAAAGCUCGAUGCCAUGCUUCAUCCGUCGUCUCCCAGCGCGGACGCGGCCGAGAGCUUUGUUUGCAUAUCCAACCCUGUAUUUGAUUUGGCGAGCGGCAGAAGCAAGGCGGUGGUGGAGGAGUAUGGCGACAGAUCGCCAGAGCUGAAGCUGAUGAAGAAGUUGCCUUUGAAGGCUAUGCUGGCGCCGAAGGGGUGUAUGGUGGAUACGCGAACGUCGCUGGCGACGUCGGUGAGCGCUACGGAGACGAACAUUGCUUCGUUCUCCCCUGAGAAACUCUGUUCUUCUCCCUCUUGGUGAGUUCUGUUCAUGGGUGGAGCAGGUUAAAUUCAAAGGAUUUUUUUUUUU